CAGAUUUCUAGGGUUGGUCCUUCUCUUAGUUGGAGGUUCUCUGCUGACGGCUCACAUUGUGCCGACCGACUCCGAGCCGCACCGUCCUCCACUUCUCUAUCCGCCCCGAAGAACUCCACUCCUCAGACUCCGCAGACAUGGGCGUCCCAUCCCAGAUGGAGCAGGCUAUGGAGAACAUCAUGUUCACCUUCCAUAAGUACGCCGGGGGCAAGGACUACAUGAGCAAGGAGGACCUGCACCACCUGAUGGAGAGCCAGUUCUCCGAAUUCCUCAAGAAUCAGAACGACCCCCUGGCGGUGGAUAAGAUAAUGAAGGAUCUGGAUCAGUGCCGCGAUGGGCGGGUCAACUUCCACAGCUUCUUCUCCCUCAUCGCCGGCCUCACCAUCGCCUGUAAUGACUAUUACUGUAAGCACAUGAAGGGGAGGAACUAAGGGAGCCCCGCCCACCACCAACCGCCAAUCUCGCCAGACUGCUGCGUUCCCAUCGCCGGAGGGGGAGGAGCUCCCAAAUCUGUUAAUGCUUUCCAGUCUACCUAACCUGCGCCCGCCCCCAAAUAAACCUCCCGUGUUUUGUA